AUGAAGGACAACAGGUCACGGCCCCACAAGAUCGUAUGGAUCUGCGAGAGAUGCUUCCUCCGGGACAGGCCGAAGACAGCACAUUACGUCUUCAUCGCUUCGACUGGGGGAAGCGUCGUCCGACAUCUGAGGAAGGAGCACAAAGUCGUGCCACCUUCUAGACAACGUGCAGGCUCAGUUACCGGGAGUGGAGGUGCAGAACGGAACCUGCUUGAUAUGCUUCGCGCCGAUCCGACGAACCCUCGAGAUCAGACUCUUCUCAGCAAUCUGCAUACGUUAUUCGAUCCGAAGAUGAAUCAACUGCUCCUGCUCGACUGGCUUACAUAUCAUAACCUCCCCUUUAAUGUCGUAAACUCUGAGCGCUUCAGACGACUCCUUCUCUACAACAACCCGGCUCUCCAGGAAGGCCAGAUACCAACUGGCAAAACGCUUGUGAAUCUGCUACUAGAUGAGUAUAAUCGCGCUCUUGGUCCGCUUUGCGAGCUGCUUCAAAGAGCGAGAAGUAUGAUUCAUUUUACCUUUGAUGGCUGGACUUCCCGACAAAACACAUCAUUCCUCGGUAUCAACGCCCACUUUAUCGACCAAGAUUGGAACCAAUGGGGAAUCCUCUUGGCUUUGCCGGCUCUCGCGAAACGCCAUACUGGAGCAGCGCUUGCAGAUGAAGUUGCAGAUACAAUAUGCGCGUUUGGUCUUGAAGACAGAAUCGGAGCGUCGCAUCCGCUGCGCCCUCAUUUUCUGAACCUGGCCGACUUUGUGGCUGAAGAGGAAGAGCAGCGCCAGUUGUCCGACGCUAUCAAUGAGCUGGCGACCGACGACGACUUCUGUGUGCCGAGCAUGGAAGAAGGAUUCGAGGUUGAAACAGUCCCAGAAGGCAGUCAGGAUCAGGACGUACUGCCCGACAUCAUCAAUGGCGAAGAAGUGGACAAGUACCGCAAGUUUGGGCCAUUUGGCAAACUUCACAAUAUUGGCAUUGCUCUUCGAACGAGCAGUCAACUUCUCGAGGUCUUUACGAAGCUCAACGGCAAACCGCUCCUACUGAACCUAUUCUUACGUGGGUUCAAAACGUCUGCACUCGCUGGAUGUUUUCCAUCAUCGAGGAACGAUGGCUUGGCAAAGGCGGCAAAGAACAGGACAAACCAGCGAUACUGA